AGAGAUAGGGAGAGAACUUAGAGGGUCCCUGCUAUCUGGGAUCCUUGGGAAGCCCCUUUAAAUGAAGUUGACAUUUAAAAUAGUUAAGGUAAGGGCAAGGGUUAGGUAAGGCUUAUGGUUAAUGUUAAGGUUUACGAUAUGGACGUCCCAAGGAUCCUUUAUUGCACUGACUGACCGAUCCUAGAGUGGAGCGCAAGCGAAAGGCACGAGAGAGAUUGAAAAAAACUGCGUAGCGAACAGUUAGAAAGAGACGGGAGAGGUUCAUUUUCUGGGUCGUGCGUACGUUGCGGAGCUUUCCCUUACUUUUAUGCAAAAGACAACUCAAUUGAUCGUCCUGUCAAGGUUUGGGGUGCUCCUCUUCAUAAUAUCCUGCUAUUACAUGGUAGCAAAGACCAGAGGGUGUGUAAGAUGGCAGUGUGGAUCCAGGCCCAGCAGCUCCAGGGGGAUGCGCUACACCAGAUGCAGUCUCUCUAUGGACAGCACUUCCCCAUCGAGGUGCGCCAUUACCUGUCCCAGUGGCUCGAGAGCCAACUCUGGGAUGUGAUCGAUCUGGAGAACCCCCAGGAGGAGUUUAAGGCCAAGCGUCUGCUGGACAGCCUGAUCCAGGAGCUGCAGAACAAGGCUGAGCAUCAGGUGGGAGAGGAUGGCUUCCUGCUCAAGAUCAAAUUGGGACACUACGCCAGCCAGCUCAAGAGCACGUAUGACCGCUGCCCUCUGGAGCUGGUGAGAUGCAUCAAACACAUCCUGUACACGGAGCAGAGGCUAGUCCGAGAGGCCUCUAAUUCGAGCUCCCCAGUGGGAGGGAUGAUGGACAGCAUGUCCCAGAAGUACCAGCAGAUCAACCAGGUAUUCGAGGAGCUGCGCUUGCUGACCCAGGACACAGAGAACGACCUGAGAAAGCUCCAGCACAACCAGGAGUACUUCAUCAUCCAGUACCAGGAGAGCCUCCGCAUCCAGGCCCAGUUGACCAGCCUGGCCACACUGCCCCCUGCUGACAGACAGCUGAGGGAGCCCACAUUACUGAGCAAGAGAGCCACCGUGGAGGCCUGGCUCACCCGGGAGGCCAACACACUACAGAAAUACAGACUGGACCUGGCAGAGAAGCACCAGAAGAGCCUGCAGCUACUGAGGAAGCAGCAGACCAUUAUCCUGGAUGACGAGCUGAUCCACUGGAAGAGACGGCAACAGCUGGCCGGCAACGGGGGUCCUCCAGAGGGGGGGCUGGACAUCCUGCAGUCCUGGUGUGAGAAGUUGGCAGAGACGAUCUGGCAGAACAGGCAGCAGAUCAGGAGAGCAGAACACCUGAGACAACAGCUUCCCAUCCCCGGCCCCAUCGAGGAGCUACUGAACGACCUCAACAGCACCAUCACAGACAUCAUCUCAGCACUGGUCACCAGCACCUUUAUCAUAGAGAAGCAGCCUCCCCAGGUGCUGAAAACCCAGACCAAGUUUGUCGCCACAGUGCGUCUCCUAGUGGGCGGGAAGCUCAAUGUGCACAUGAACCCCCCGCAGGUCAAGGCCACCAUCAUCAGUGAACAGCAGGCGAAGGCCUUGCUCAAGAACGAGAACACCAGGAAUGACAGCAGUGGAGAGAUCCUUAACAACAACUGUGUGAUGGAAUACCACCAGGCCACAGGAACACUCAGCGCCAACUUCAGGAACAUGUCUUUGAAGAGGAUCAAGCGCUCGGACCGGCGAGGGGCAGAGUCUGUGACAGAGGAGAAGUUUACCAUUCUGUUUGAGUCUCAGUUCAGCGUCGGGGGUAAUGAGCUGGUCUUUCAGGUUAAGACGUUAUCACUUCCUGUGGUGGUGAUCGUCCACGGUAGCCAAGACAAUAACGCCACGGCAACGGUGCUGUGGGACAACGCUUUUGCCGAACCCGGUCGGGUGCCCUUCAUAGUGCCUGACAAGGUGCUGUGGCCCCAGCUGUGUGAGGCCCUCAACAUGAAGUACAAGGCGGAGGUGCAGAGUAACCGUGGCCUCUCAGAGGAGAACCUGGUCUUCCUGGCCCAGAAAGCCUUCAGUAGCUCCAGCAUCAACCCUGACGACUACCGCGGCAUGACCAUGACCUGGUCCCAGUUCAACAGGGAGAGUCUGCCUGGCAGGAAUUUCACAUUCUGGCAGUGGUUUGAUGGGGUCAUGGAACUGACAAAAAAACAUCUCAAACCACACUGGAAUGAUGGGGCGAUCCUGGGAUUUGUGAACAAGCAGCAGGCCCAGGACAUGUUGAUGUCCAAACCCAACGGGACCUUCCUGCUCCGCUUCAGCGACUCUGAGAUCGGAGGGAUCACUAUCGCCUGGGUGGCUGAGAAUCCCAACAAACCAGGGGAGAGGAUGGUGUGGAACCUCAUGCCCUACACAGCCAAAGACUUCUCCAUCCGCUCUCUGGCUGACCGCAUCAGUGACCUCAACCACCUCCUGUUCCUCUACCCAGACAGACCCAAGGAUGAGGUCUUCUCCAAAUACUACACGCCACCCCUGUCCAAAGCAGUGGAUGGAUACGUGAAACCGCAGAUCAAACAAGUGGUACCAGAGUUCACCACGACCAAUCCUGACCCAGCAGCAAACCCCACCUACAUGGAUCACGGAGCCUCCCCUGUUGUCAGUCACCCUCCAAACUACGGCAUAUACCCGCCUAUGAGUGACUCCAUGUUAGAUGCAGACGGUGAUUUUGACCUGGAUGACACCAUGGACGUGGCGCGACACGUUGAGGAGCUGCUGCGGCGACCGAUGGAGAGCCAAUGGAGCGGCCAGCAGUCGUGACCCUCAAUCUCUGACCCCUGACACCAACAAAAGAACCCCGCACCUUUUGACAUUUCUGAUGGUUUAAUUCCAUUCCUUUCCUCCUGUUUUAUUUCAGAUAGCUAUAAUGUGAAAUGUUAAUAAUGUUUGUGAUUGUUUUUUUCUUUUGUUCUUCUCAGCAAGCGAACUGCAUGUCAGUGACCUUUUUUCAGUUUGUCUCGGUGCGUAUCUGUAAAACAGACUAGGUAGAAAUGCAAAAAAGACGAUGUUACAGUAUUGUAUAAAAAAAAAAUCAUUCAAUACACGUAUGUAUUUUCAUUUGGUCAUAAUUCUAACACAGAUUUUUGAAGAGCACUCUCCACAACCGGUAUGAAGUCAUUUAAGCAGUUUCUUUAAAUGUUUUUGUUUUUGUUUAGUUAUUUUAUUAUUGUAAAUGGUUUAUCAACAGAGUUUUUUAAUUCAAUCCGCCCUCUGCCAAAAAAGAGAAAAACUUUAAAUGAAGAAUUUGUUGUUGUUAUUGACAACAUCAUCGGAUUUGUUGCUAAGGGAAGUUUCAAUUAGUAGUAUAAUAAUUCUGAAUCUUUACACACUAAACUCCAAGCAGAAUGGCUCUCAUUUCAUUCUCAGAGCACACACACACACGCACACACACACACACGCACACACACAAGGAUGCAUCACACACACACGCACAUACUGUUGCAUAACAUACAUCAGCUCCAGCUGAAACUUGGGGACUUUGGGCCCCCUCUACACUCACAGGGAUAUUUCAGUUUCCUGUAUUUGCACACAGAUGUAAUGUAAAUACAAUACAAGCAUGUAUCCAGCAUGGCCACUCAGGUCUCUGGACAGCCCAUAGAGAUAGAUAGAGGACUCAUCAUUAAUAUAACCUGUUUUUAACAUGGCCAUUGCCAUUGAGGUCUUCCACCAUUUUAAAGUUGUCAACUGGGGGGGGGGGGGGGGGGGUUCCUAUGGUUUGGGAGCAAUCAGCCAAUGAAGAAGAAUAACAUGUACUACUUUAGUACCUCAACGGUCCUGCCCAUGCUGUCACACAGACGCUUUAAUGGCACAGAUACAAAGAUGAGUCCUCUAUCUAUCUCACCUCCAUACCCCUGUAGAUGAUGUAUGUGCCAUCAACAUUACCUCUCAUUACCUACCUACCUGUCUGUCUGUCUGUCUGUCCGGUGUUUUAAACAACUAAUUUGGUCAUGUCUUGUUAUUAGUUGUGACGUCUAGUGUUGACAAUCUACACUGCUCAAAAAAAUAAAGGGAACACUUAAACAACACAAUGUAA